AGAGGGGACAGAGAGAGAGAGAGAGAGAGAGAGAGAGAGAGAGAGAGAGCGGGUUGUUUUAAAGGCUGCAGGAGGAAUGAUGUCCUACAUUAAACAACCACAUUACGCGGUGAACGGGUUAACGCUGUCCGGCCCGGGCAUGGAUCUGCUCCACACCGCCGUGGGAUACCCCAGCACGCCGCGUAAACAGCGACGGGAGCGCACCACCUUCACGCGCGCUCAGCUGGACAUCCUGGAGGCUCUGUUUGCCAAAACGCGCUACCCAGACAUCUUCAUGAGGGAGGAGGUGGCUCUCAAGAUCAACCUGCCCGAGUCCAGGGUCCAGGUGUGGUUUAAGAACCGUCGUGCCAAGUGCCGGCAGCAGCAGCAGCAGAGCACGGGUCAGUCCAAACCCCGCCCUCCUAAAAAGAAGGCGUCCCCCGCUCGUGAGUCCAACACUGAAGCCAGUGCCAACGCCACCAGUGGACCUUACAGCCCUCCGCCCCCUCCUCCAGGCAACGCCAUCACCCCUAGUUCCAGCUCAGCUGGUGCCACGGUGUCCAUCUGGAGUCCAGCGUCCAUCUCCCCGCUGCCUGACCCUCUGUCUGUGUCCACCACCCCGUGUAUGCAGCGCACCACCACCUACCCCAUGACCUACAGCCAGGCCCCGGCCUACAGCCAGAGCUACGCAGGAACCUCCUCCUACUUCACUGGCCUGGACUGCAGCUCCUACCUGUCCCCCAUGCACCCGCAGCUGUCGGGCACCGGAGGAGCCCUGAGCCCCAUCACGGCCUCCUCCAUGGGCGGGCCUCUCAGCCAGUCCCCCGCCUCCCUCUCCUCACAGAGCUACACCGCUGCCUCGCUGGGAUUCGGAGCCGUCGACUGUCUAGACUACAAGGAUCAAGCUGCCUGGAAGCUCAAUUUCAAUGCUACUGACUGUCUGGACUACAAAGACCAGAACUCCUGGAAGUUCCAAGUCUUGUAAACAACAGCACGUGGGGCACGGGUGUGAAGUAGAUGGAAGAGAAGUUGGGACACGUGAAUCAGUUCAUGUCUAAUCAACUCGAAUAAUCUUUGUUUUUGAAGUGAAUUCAUGUGUUGAUGCUUCUCUUGUAAUGAACACAUGAAAACUGCGUUUCUAACUUCAACAACAAUCAGCAGUGAAAUCAAACAACAUCUUUAGAAUAAAAUCAUUUUACAACUUUUAAGUGAGCAAAGAAAAAAAAACAAUUUAGCUUCUGGAUAAUGGAUAUUUUGUUUGUUCUUAUGUUUCUUUGGUUUAAUUGAUUUGAACCAAUUGUUUCAAAGUAAAAUGUUGAACUAAAUGUUCGCAGCAUACAAUCAAAAGGUUAAACUAAUGUGAUCCCACACUUGUGUAUUUAUUUCUUCCUCCUAAAGUUGGUCUUUGUACUUUCUGUGAUGUAUUAUUUCUCUUCUAAAAAAGAAAGAAGCUGCUUCUCAUCACCAAUGUUAUUCAAAAAAGACAAAAAAAAAGCGUUGAGACAAACUCAAAGUUCAUUUUCAGGCACUGACAAGAGACUGCACGAGCUCACCAACCCGUGAACACUGUAGCAGACAGAAGCUGAUGGUUCCAGCCCUGAUGGUGUGAUGGAGAAGAGAAGAGCUGCCCUUGAGCAUGGCUGUAGUAAAAAACACCCGUGGACUGUUUGUGUAACAGGAUCAUUUCCACUUCAUUUGAACCACAAUGGUCACACGGCGUGAGGAGAUGACUUCAUCUCACAUAACGUUGCUGACAUAUGUGAUGGUGAGAGAGAGAAAGCUCUCUGCUGUUGCUUCCACGUCACUGCGCUCCAAAGAGAAUUCAAGGGGGCAAUAACACCAACUCCCGCUACAUGACACACACACACACACACACACACACACACACACACACACACACACACACACACACACACACACACACACACACACACACAGUUAGUGGGAAACAGAAGUGCCAUUAACAUUACAACCGUGUGUAAUCCUGAGGUUGGAAACACAUGAGUUCUGACUGCAAAUGGAAUGAUGGGAUGCAGCGUGAGCUCGAGCCAGUAAAUAUGUGAUGAGCACCACUUUAAUGUUUGAUGUUUGUAUGUUUUUCAUAUUCUUAAUCAAAAAGUUUCUUAAAAAAAUCUUGUGAAUUGAAAUAAUAAUUGUGGUCAAUUGACAUUAUUGUCAGUAUUAUUAUUACUCUCAUUGUUAUUAAUAUUAUGUUGUCAGCUGACAUGGACAUUGCUAAUAUUCUCUUUCUAGAAAACUGCCAACUUUUUAUUUUUCUGGUUUCUGCUUCUUGACUUUAUUAUUGUUAUUAUUAUUAUUAUUGUUCUUUUUUCAAACUCAGGGGUUUAUCCAACACAUGUAGCAGUGAUAGGAUGCUUCUUUACCAUUUACUGUCAUUUUCCUGUUUGCAUUAUACUUUAACUUUCUCUGAAUGAAUUAUUUUGUCUCCUGUGUUUGACCAGUAUCACCACGACCACACUAUAGCUCUGAUGUCAUUAAACACAUUCAUUAGA